UUCAUAUCAAGUGUUGUAUUUGCAGUUACAACAUGAGGAUUUUGCAGCUUCAUUUCUAUCUACUCAUAUGGUGUCAAGCAGCAGAAACUUUAACAGAUCAUCUAACAGAUUUGGGGCAAAAUGUGACUAUAACCUGUAAUCUUCACCAAACUGAGGUGUAUUGGUUUUUACUGAAACUACUUGGUUCUCCAGUUGUGAUAUUACGCUCCUUCUCGAACAAUUUUCCUCAUUACUACAACAAAGUAUUUGAGCUCAAAUAUGCAGUGAACUCUAAACAUCAUCUGCUCAUAAAUAAUGUCACCAUUGAUGAUUUAGGAGUUUAUUGCUGUAUGAGUACAAAUACUGAUCCACAAUUCAUCAACGCCACCAGACUGUACAUCAUUGAACCAACUCCACUAACUGAGUGUCAGAAUUAUACAGAAGUGCAGUAUAUUCAGCAGAAUCAGACAUCUUGGCAGACUCUUACCCUCAUAUUUGGUCUGAUAAAUGCUGUUUUGGUCGUUGUUGUCAUAGGACUGUUGAAGGUUUGUGCCUGUAGAAAUAAAAGGCCUGCAGAUCUUUCACAACAACUUUAUAACACUGAUCUACAGCUGACACAAGUUAUUCAACAGCAUCUCGAUCCAAACCAAUUACAGACCAUCCUAGGAAAGCCGAUGGGCCGCGGACGCAUCUGCUCACCCACCGUCACGCUCCGCAUCCGGAAUCUACAUCAGGAGCAAAUCUCCUUUCUGGUGCUGGAGGCCUCUAUGGCUGACAUCAUCCUGGGAUGCCCGUGGAUGACUCAGCACACACCCAUCGUGAAUUGGAAUACUGGAGUGAUUCUUCAGUGGGGCGAGCGCUGCCAUCAGAACAGUCUUUCACCUAUUAUGAAAUCUUCUGGAUCUCCAUCAAGACCUCAACUACCCCCUUCCUGCAAGCCUGUAGACCUUGCAUCCACCACGGUUGAGAAUACCAGGCGUUCCAGGAUGUAUUCAGCAAGCAGGCAGCCACCCAACUACCACCACACCGGUCAUGGGACUGUGCCAUUGACCUGCUGCCUGGGGCUAGUCUACCCAAAGGAAAGAUCUACCCAUGGAAAAAGCCACUCUAAGGCUGAUGAUGCACGGGGCAACUUUUUGAGCAAUGAUGCCGGGCAACUUUGA